CUUCACGACUCGCUUCUCCGCUCGCGCAGCACUCCACAAGAUCAGAUGCGAUUGCUGGCUCAUCUAUUCUCGGGCCCGGGGUUCAUCUGUUCGGGAUUUACGACGGUAAGAGGAGCAACAUCGAUGAUCUCAAAACAUUGCCUCCACUAGUUCUAGUAGCUCAGCUUUCUUGUUAGACCUUCCCGGCUCGGUUGCGUACCCUUGGAGCGAUCAGAACGGCGUCGACAAGAAAAGCAUCACGGCUGCUACCCAAAUGCUUUGGCCGCUCUACGGAAGCUACUGAAUCCUGCAAGCUCGUACCAAGCGAAAGACAGUGCUCGGUCUUUUGCUCGUUGAAUUCUUUCACGAUCACCGCAUGGGCAACGACGGAAGAGAGCGCAGUGCUGUGUUCAAACAGCCGGCAUGCGCAACGUCAACCGUUUCACGAGAAUUGACUGAAGCGUCGCUAUAGAGUACUUCAUUCUCUGUCGCGUGCUUACUGUUCACACUUUUGAGCUUCGAAUAUCGCUCCAGCACGUUACGAUUCAGAUGCAUGCGCUAUCGCUUGAAGACACGCAAGGCAGCUACAGGAGAUGGCCAACGCCUCAUGGUCUUCCUCUCCGUCCAGGCUCGUACGGCGGAGAUGAUGAGCUUCCUCAUCGACGCAGGGAUUGACGCGACCAACUGCAGGCUAUAGGGAGACAAGAAGCCUACACCGAGAAUUUGCGCGUUCUGAUUGGUCGGCCCGGCUGUAAGCGAGUAAUUGCAUCGUUAAAACAUGUGCUGGAAUUCUUCUGGAAUGCCCUCAAUGCUGAAUGUGCCUGCAAAACAACCACAAGGUUUCUACGCGUGUGCAACGAGAUCAAGAAGGUUAUGCGCAGAACAAACUAUCAACAAUGCGUAGCCAGCCGUCCAUGUUGUGGGGGCACCAAAACUUCAAAGGCCUGUGCGGAAUCCGCAUAGCUGAAGUUGACAUGCCCUACGGCUAACUCAUUUCUGCACUGAUGGCUCGUGCAGUCACGAUGGCUCGGCAUAGCAUGGGUGCAAUGAUUGAAAUGAAGAACGAGGAUCUAAUGGUAGAUCCUAUGGGCGGGCUGCCGUUUUCCUAACAGCAACAAAAAGCACGAGCUGCCUUCGUCAAGUCGUCGUUCUGUCCAUUCUCUUCUUUGGUGCUCGUCGUUUUGUGAGAAGUUUUAUCACUGGCGGGUUCCUACCGCUCUAUAGUCCGGCCCGGUUAAUCUACCUGGAACCAGGAACGAGCCGAAGCACAUCGUUCCCCAGAGCUAGACAGCUCUUGCUAAACAACGAUUCGCUCCCCGCGCAAACGGCUGUGUGAAUCGAGUUCUGUCCUAGCCAUCUGACCCGAGAUCGUCGCAUAAGCGUUUGCAGGUCUCAUGUACACCCGCUAGACUGUGAAACCGCGACUACGAUACAUAAUCGCCAGGCCGACAUUCGGCUGUCCAUUCAUUUUCAUUUCAAAUUAGCUUUCUUGGGACGGGCCGAAGUUCAUUCCUCUUAAUUCAUUUUCUUGAAACAAGAGCGCCUGACCACUCACUUCCUCAAGGCUGUACUUGGUUGCUGGGAUCUGCUGUGUGAGGGUCGCUUUCACAUGUUUCACUCGACGUCACUUUUAGAGCAGCUUGAGUCUUGGGCUGUCUAAUCUUUUAGAAAUUUACUUUCUUCCCUUUAACGGUAGCGGCAUGAUUGCUCCGGCAGAUGGCCGGCAGUGGGUGAAGCGGCAAGUACAGGAGCCAGUCCAAGACCAUGAGCAAUGGGCGACCAGGAGAGCCGAGAUUGAAGCUGCAGUCAUUGCAAAGCGACAACUCGGCUUCGAGAUAACUCUGGGCAACGCGGUUUUUUCGAUCGGACUGAACUCCAAUGGUCUACCUGCCUUCACCGUCACCGAGGCUGUCUCGCCAACGACGAAAGCCACUACCACCGCCGCCAAUACUCCGGUAGACACGAGUGCAGCUGCGCCGGUGCAAACGACUGCUGCAAAUACGCCUCAGCAAACAGCAACGACGCCUGUAGAAACUAAUACUCCUGUCAACACCGCAACUGCUAAUACCGGCGCUGCUACGGGUACAGCUGCCUUAACUUCUGACUCUUCACACUCUCAAAAAAUCUCUGCUGAUUCAUCCGCUGCUAUAGUCAACACGGCGAGCGGUAACACGGUUCUGCCUACAAGCCCUCUAGUAACUUUCGGCACAUCGACCGGUACUCUUUCAAGUAAUCUCUUAUCAGUCUCUUCGAAAACUGGAACCAUCACAGGCCAGUACACCACAACCGAGAUAAUUUUUGCAGGCGGCACCCCUGUGACUUCUGUAAUGACUAUGGGAGCCACCGCUACACAGCAGGCCUCAAAACAUUUAUCUCCACCUGCCAUUGCAGGAGCCGUUGUGGGUGCUGUCGGCGGUACCGCUGCAUUGCUUCUUCUCCUUGUUCUUUGUGUGCGAUGGAGACGUCACGUCAGAGACAACAAACGUUUGUCGCGGGGUGGCGAGUCCGUCAGGGCAUUACAUACGGGCCCUGCGCCAAUGAUGGCCCAUAAUUCUGCGAGAUUCACGAAUAUAUUCCCCCAAGGCAGGGCUGUGGCAGUGGACGACGACGCUUCUUCAUCAAGGAUGGCCUUUCUGCCUGCUGGAGCGGCAGGCUUCCUCAACCGCGCUUCUGGCAGCCCUCUGCGCAGCGACUCGCCGUCUCAACAAGUUCAGAAUAGUGACGCAGCUCGCCCAAUGAGUUUGCAAAACGCUGCAGAACAUUCGGCUCCAAAACUACCGGUUCCGCCUUUACCAACUGCAAACACUUCAAAAACGUCGGGCGAAGUACAGUUUUUGGCUGCGGAUGCGUCGACUUGGCUUAACAGGAAUUCCAACGCCCCUGUGCAGGCUGGUGAUACAUCUGCAUCUCCUAUGGGGCCAGUUCUCGCUGUUUCGCACAGUGCGUCUACACGAUCGUUACCAUCCCAGACUGGAGCGGCACCUAACAAUGGAGAGGUGGCAUUCUUACCAGCGCAGGCUUCUGUGUUUCUCAAUCGCAGUUCAGUGGCGCCGGAUCGGUCUACUCAGCCAGGUUCUGAUCCAGCAGCAACAGCAUCAAAUAGUUCAGCGCACUCCCUAGCAUUGCCAACCGAGCCCGUACCAGGCAAUGGUCAAGUGUCAUUCUUGCCUGCGGAUGCUUCGGGAUUCCUCAACCGCCAUUCGAGCGUGCCGACACAGCCCUCUGGCCCAGGUAGUCAAAUGGGGUCACUUCCUUCUGCAACGGUAGGGGCAAGUUCCACUCCGUCUGUAUCUUCACAAGCGGUUGGCAACGCCGACAACAGCCAGGUGACAUACUUGCCUGCAGACGCGUCUGGGUUCUUAAAUCGAAACUCUACAAUGCCUCCAAACGUCGAGUCGCCUAAUGAACAGACUUCUGCGAGCGGAAACGAGCCUACGUUCCAAAAAAUCUCUGGAUACAAAGUUCCCUCUCAGUUUGAUUCCAUGGGAGCAAUGGGUCCGUCCAGCGUCAGCUUCUCAGGUGCGGCUGCUAGCCUGGCAAUUCCCACCCCAGCACACAUGAUAGAAAGGGAUUCAGCGGGAACAUCUUCAAAUCACUCUAUCAACAACAAUUCUGAGUGGUUCGGCUCCGAUGCUCACGACAGCAGGAUCAUGCCUGCCGCUGCCGUUGCCGCUGCUGCUGCCAUGUCCCGUCCGCCUGUCUCCCCCGAAUAUCCUAGCUUCGACGGCAGCAAGAACGACAAAAACAACAGCGAAGUCGAUAACUAUCUCGCUAGUGUCUCGUCGCAGCAAGCUCCCGCUCAUCCGUACUCGCAAGACGGACCACAAGAGCACUAUUCACCGCCUCAAUUCGGCGCAUCCUCUGCUCAUGCGCCUCCAGACCCGACCUCAGCGCGUACCGUCUCGCACCAGGACUUCGGCUCCCAAACGGCCUACCCAUCCGGACCAGCUCACGUGUCCGACGUAGGGGCAGCACCACAGCCUUCUUCGGCGCCGGGACAUGAGUACAACGCGGGCUGGGGAGAGCCAGCGACAAGACAGCAGUGGCCGGACGCAGACAUUGACGGUCGCAGCUGGUACCAGCCUAAUUCGCCGGAUAUGAUGACAAGCGGAAGCGGCGGCCAAGUGAUGAGUUGGCCGAAGCCUCCAGAUGUCGAUUGGGAUCGGCCACGGGUGAGGCCGAAGGACGCGUUUUAGAAACGAUUGUGUGACUCUACCUUAUAGUCGUGCAUUAAUUGUACAUACAGAUACCUCUGGCUAAUGGAUAAAGCUUUAAACCCUCC